CUGUUGCUGUUGCUAAAGGUUGGUAUUUCGAAGUCACCGAGCCAUUAAAGCAGAUGCUUGGUUUUCGAAAAAAACGACUAGGAUAUGGUUAUCACGAGUCCGAUAAAGUAUGCGAUGUUAAUCUUGAUUUGUCCACAUUGUAUAUUUAUAGCGAUAUAGUAGAAGGCCGUGCAGUUGGUGAUACGUUAGCCCCGUUACUCGGUAUUGUAUCAGUCAAAGGUAAAUACGGUAAAGCGAUAUACCAACGUUUCGAUAAACCCAGUUAUCACCCAAUUCAAAAUAAAAACUUUCAUACAAUAGAAAUUGAUUUAAGGGACAGCACAGGCGAUCCUAUCUUAUUCGAACGUGGUCGCGUCUGCGUGACAUUGCAUUUUAAACGUGUUAAUAAAAUUUAAGAGAUGCACCAACAUCGUCGAGUUUAUUGUUGUGAUGAUACGAAAGAUUUAUAUGUUAGUCACUAUCUCAACCAACAGGUUGGUGAUGGGCUACCGGUGUUUGCAGGGGCUGAUGUUCAGCGAGGCCACGGUCUAGGAAAUAUUUUGUCAGGUAUAGGGAAAGCGGUUUUACCAUUACUGAAAACAGGAGCUAAGGCAGUUGGUAAACAACUUCUAAAAUCAGGUGUGGGUUUUGCGAGUGAUUUAGUCGGUGGCACCUCAGCUAAACAAGCUGCAAUCAAUCGAGGCCGCGAGUUGGGUAGAAACGUCUUGCAUAUGACAAGUAACGCAAUAAACACAUCCGGCUCGACGGGUAUAAAACGUAACCGCGCAUCCAAAAUUAAAUCAAACAAACGACGACGUAAAUCCAAAGACAUCUUUUUAUAAUGUUUGUACACAAGAACUCGUGUGAAUGUCUCAAGAGCGAACUAGACCUUUUCUCUGCGCCCAUGACGCAGACGUCCGUACAGGAUGGAAUGUGGGUUGUAAACGGCGUACAAAACGGUUUAUCUGAUUCGGGGACAGUAGAGUUUUUAAUUAGUGGAACAAAAGAGCAUUACAUUGAUUUAGCCAACUCUUACCUACAUAUCGAAGUAAAAAUCGUUAAUGCCGACGGUACAAAUUUAGCCAACGACGCAACAGUUGUGCCAACGAAUAAUUUUUUCCACUCCUUAUGGUCCCAAGUUAUGAUGUCGCUAAACAACCGCGACGUAACCAGCAGUAGUUCAACAUAUCCUUAUCGAAGUUAUAUAGAAAAUUUACUCACAUUUGGGCCCGACGCAAAGGCGACCCACCUUACUGGAUCCCUGUUUUACAAAGAUACACCACAACAUAUGGACGCAAUAGAUGACACAAACACAGGGGCUACUCUGAGAAAGGCGUUUUGUGCUGGUAGUCGUGUUAUCGAUAUGCAGGGAAAAUUACAUCUCGAUUUAAUGUUUCAACAAAGAUACCUUUUGAAUGAGGUGGAUGUAAAACUAAAGUUGACAAGAAGUAAAGACACUUUUGCAACUAUCCGGCCUGCUGGAUUUAAAGUGAAAAUCACACAAGCGUCUUUGCACGUACGAAAGCUAAAAAUAAGUUCUAGCGUUCAACUAGGACACAUAACCGCCUUGGACAGGGGGCUUUGUAAAUAUCCAAUCACCAGAGUGGAGAUGAAAACCAUUACUAUUCCUGGUGGUAAUCAAUCCAUUUCUCACGAAAAUCUGUUUCUUGGUCAGCUACCUAAACGUGUUAUAAUCGGGUUCGUGGACAACGACGCUUUUAACGGGAUUCACAAUAAAAAUCCUUUCAAUUUCAAGCAUUAUAACCUAACUAGUCUCGCCUUACAUUCUAAUGGACGUCAAAUUCCUUCUAAAGAACUGACUCCCAACUUUACAGACGGCUUGUACAUUCGUAGCUAUAUGACUCUGUUCACGGGGUUGGGAAAGUUUUACGCGGACGAAGGGAACGGCAUAUCACGCAGUGACUAUCCUCACGGCUACACUUUAUUCGCAUUUAACCUAACACCAGAUUUAGCCGACGGCACACAUUUUGAUUUGAUAAAGUCAGGUGAUUUAAGUUUGGAAGCUAAAUUCGGAAACGCUUUAACAAACUCUGUAAAUAUAAUCAUCUACGCCGAGUUUCAAAACCUGAUUCAGAUUGAUAGAGAACGUAACCGCAAUAUAAACCAAACCGGAUAUUUCACCACAUACUCGCAAUCCGAUACUCCGGAAAUCAGUUCGCCUAUAAGACCCGGUUUCUUUUCAAUCGAUUCACAGAAAUGAAAACAUCAAAGAUGGUAGAAAAAAUUGAUAACGACACAGUAGAUAUGCUUAGUGGCUGGGAAGAUGCUGGUUGCCCGACUUAUCCGUUUGCAUCGUGUUAUGAAGAAUUAUUGGCGGCCGAGGAAAAAAUUCAAGAAACAGCAGAGUUAAAAACUCCCAAAAUCACGAAACGCACAACAAGAAGGAGCAAGAAAAUGUCAAAGACUCCUGAGGAUACAACUAUGCGAGAAGAAUUUUUCAGAAUUCGCAAUGAAUCAGCUAGCAACGACGAAAUUCCCAAAGACGUUCGAGUUCGCCGUGUCACACUAACUGCGAGAGAUCCACGAGGUGUAUUUAACCCAAAUCAACUUCGUGAAGUGGCGCAGGUAUUAUUUCCCAACAAUACGCUGCUGGUGUUCUAUCCUACUUGUGGAGAACUUGGUCAUAUUCAACUCAUUUACUGGGCAGAGACGGAGUGUGAUGAAGACUGCCGCCUUCGACAACGCGUGGAUAAAGCAAAACGUGAAGCCAUGAAAGACCACAUUAAACUAAAGGUUUACAUUGAUCUCAUGUACUCUGAGAAACAUCAUCUCGAUAGUCUAGUUCGAGAAAAAUAUGUGCUGGAAAUUGUUAACCCUGAUGCGAUUUGCAACGAUACUACAUCUAUAAUUGUACAGCAAAAAUCAAUGGUGGAUUACUGGAACAAACGCAAUAUUCCAAAAUAAUUUGUGUACUGCUCGCAAAUAUUGUACAUAAAAUUGUGUGUUAUAUCGAGAAAAUAAACGUAUGUGGUUAUUACUGUGUAUUGUACGUUAUUUAUAAAUGUAAAGGUAAAUCUCUCAAACGGUUCCAAAAACUUUUCACCUCCAACAAAAAUUUAAAUGAUAGCAAAAUUAUAACUAUUUUUAAUAGUUAAAAGUCAUAAGUAUACUUUGUCAUGAUCUCGCACGCCCACAUACGACUUAUACAAUCCAAAAAUCUCGCACGCCCACGUACGACUUAUACAAUCCAAAAAUCUCGCACGCCCACGUCCGAGAGAAAAAUUAUAAUCUAAAAUUCUUAAA